AUGGCAAGACUUGGUCGAACUUAUAAAAUGAGACAUAACAAUUUGUCAUGCAACGGUACAAUUAUCAUGUCCAGUUGGCCCAAUUUCCCCCCAACAAAAACAAUGACUCUUCUGGCAAUGGGCACUCAAGAAGAAGCAGCCGAGGCUUACGACAUUGCUGCAAUCAAAUUCCGAGGCCUAAACGCAGUGACAAAUUUUGACAUGAGCCGUUACGAUAUAAAGAGCAUAGCGUGCAGCAAUCUUCCGAUUGGAGGCUUGAACAACAAACCAAAAACGUCAUCCGAAUCUUUAUCGGAGAGUAAAAGUUUCGACGGACCUCACUCAGACAUUUCGUCGAACACGUAUUCUUCCCAUCCUCCAACAGCUUCCACCCUCAGCUUUGGAUUGCCCAUAAAGCAAGAUUCUGCAAAUUCCUGGUCUAAUCCUGCCGUUUUUCAACCCUUACCUUUCAGCAUGAAUUUCCCAACAAAUUUAUCUGUGAAUGAAGCCAGCAAGAACAAGACUGAUCAAGGGUUCUUCAAUGGAAAUUACUGUCAGCAACAGGAAGGAAUUGCUCUAAAUAGUAACAGUAGUAGUGCUACUACUGCUGCUUAUGAUGGAUCUGUAUCUACUACUGUGGGAAAUUGGAUUUCACCAUCUCUGCAAUCAUUCCAGGCUGCAAAAUCGAAUCUAUCAGCAUUGCAGACGCCAAUAUUUGGCAUGGAAUGA